AUGUCGACCUCUCUUCCCCAACGGCAGCCCGAAGGCAAAAAGAGACAGCGGGUCUCUAUCGCCUGCCUCGCGUGCCGGCAGAGACGCAUGCGACCACGGCCGUGUGUCACCGUCCCCAGACCACCCAGCAAGAAAUACGUAGAAUCCCUGCAAGCCCGGAUCCGACAUCUAGAAGCCCAAGUCGUCUCCCUAGGCUCCCAGCCGGCCUCCGGCGACCUCGCCGCCGAGACUACCGAGGACCACGACCCGCAAGACGACAGCGCCGGCGACGACGACGAUGACGGAGGCGGUCCCCUCUCGGACCUCACCGGCCUCGUCGGCCGCCUCAACGUGAUCGAGGACGGCCAGCUGCACUACUUCGGCUCCCAGUCCUCCUACAACCUCGUCCGCGAACAACCGCGCGACUCAGCCGCGGACCCGCGCGAGCCCUCCCUCAAGAUGCAGCGUCAGGGCCUCCUCGCCGCCGCGCAGCUAGGUAAGAUGGUCACCGUCCCGGACGAACUGCAAGCCCACCUCCUCGAGCUCUAUUGGCGCUGGCAGAACCCGUGGAACUACGUCAUUCACAAGAGCGCCUUUUUGCGGAGCUACCGCGGCGAGGAUGACGGGACGUAUUGUUCGCCAUUGUUGCUGUGUUCCAUCUUUGCUAUUGCGGCGCGGUAUUCUGAUCGUCCUGAGCUGCGGUCCGUGCCGGAUGAUCCUAGUACCGCUGGAGAUGCGUUUGGCGAGCACGCCAAGAUUCUGCUCUUGUAUGAGAGUGAGGCGCCGACGAUUACGACGGUGCAGGCCGCCUGUCUUCUUGCGCUGAGGAUCAUGUCGGAUGGCAAGGAGGCUUUGGGGUGGCUGUACUCUGGAAACGCAACGAGAAUGGCGCAUAACCUUGGGCUUCAUCUCGAUUGUUCCAAAUGGGCCACUGCCGGUCUGCUCACCGAAGAAGAGGCUGAAGCGCGGAAAGUGACGUGGUGGGGAUGUUAUGUCGUCGAUAAGCUCUUUUCAACUGGGCUGGGCCGGCCAAGUAGCACGCCAAAGUCCACCAUUUCCUGCCCAAAACCCAGCAUAGACAGCAACGAAGAGUACACUCCAUGGCUACCGACGUCAGACACGCUGGGCUCCGAAAAGUCUCUCGGGGUCCAUUCACACAUCUCAUCAACAGCUUGUCAUGUGUCAGAGACGUUUACCAUUGCUUGCGAAUCAAUGGACAUAAUAUACGCCGCUAACAGCAAACUGUCGACACGAGAAAUUGAAGACGUCGUUAGCAAAACUGACGUGCAGUUACGGACGCACUACAGAGAGCUGCCGAGCUACCUUCGCUUGCCGGCCUCGCCAAAGGUCCCGAUGCUUCCUCACGUUUGCCUCUUCCACAUUCAAUAUCAUGCACACUUAAUCCUCUUACAUAGACCGCUCGUUCAUAAGCGAAAGAGACGUUCGGUCAGCGUAAAUACGCCAACCGAUGACGGCAGCAUCGAUGGAGAUGGAUACGACAACCAGCACAUGGCAACGUGCCGCCACUCGGCGGCUGAGAUUUCGAGGUUGCUGCGCAUCUAUAAGCAGCAAUACACGCUGCGGCGUAUCCCCAUUGCUGCGGUCCACCUGUGCUUCUCGGCCGUGGUAAUCCACCUAAUUGAUGCCCGGCCAUCGAACCCCAACCGGCAGCAGGCGAUACGGCACUUACAGACGUGCGUUGAUGCUCUGCGAGACUUGCGGACAGCGUGGUGCGCGUGGAGCAACAGGGCCUUGCGAGCGGCGCGGCUCUUGGCGAGAGAGUGGUACCAGUGUGAAGAUGUCUCACUGUUGCAGCAUUGGGGUGGACUCAGCGGGGUCGAGGGCACCAUUUCUGGACCAACGGCAAACGCAGCAGCAGCAGCCGCCGCCGCUACGGGAGUUACCGUUGGUAUCCCGAACACAAAUGACCAACAGCAACAAAACCAGCACCAGUCGUAUCAACAAGGUGGGACUGCGGACGCGGACAGAAUGAUGGGUCAAGGGCAGACAACAGAUGGCGAUGGCCAGGGCGAUCCUCUGGCUUUUCUUUUUGACGUGGCCACGCCUGACCAGUACACGGAUAGUCUGGUGAAGGAAUGGCUGGCGGAGAGUGGUUACGAUGUGUUGAAUACGGUCGUCGAGUGA